AUGGAAGCAGCGGAGGAAACUCUCACUUACCGAGAUGGCCCCGGACCUCAUAGGAUGCUGCUCCCAGGGGAUAAGGUUAAGGACACCGAGGUACAUUUUGAGACAAAAAGACAGUCCAACUAUGUGGAUUUGGACACGAGACCGGACGGCGCCAAGACUGUGAAAGUAACAUUUACCGGCGAGGGGAGCCAGCUCUCUGUCAAAAGUGACGGUUCGAGGCAGGGCCUGCGCGGACCAGCCUCUGUGGAUUCUGUGGACUCUGUAGACAUGGGCGGCGUAGUUGACCGGAGUGGACCCACUGUGAAAACUCCAGCUGAACUUUCCUACGAGGAGGACUCCGGGGAUGAGACGCGGCUCCAGGCAGAAAUGGACCCGAGCGACUACAGCGAGGGGGACGAGCUCCAGUACACGGACAUGUACCUGAACAGCCGAACCGAGUCGGACGACGGCGCCAGCACGGUUCUGUCCGAGCACAGUGGCACGGACACGCUAAAGGACGAGUCUCACUAUAUCACCACGCAUGAAAUCCAACUGACUGAACUUGAUCACGACGUUGAUUACGACCUGGGCCGCGGUGCCAGCUGGGACUUUGAGGAUGACAACUUGGUGUACUCCUUUGUGGAUUACGCCUCGUUUGAAAGCGACGACACCCGAACUGGUACUCUGAUAUUGGAGGGCAGGCGUCAGGUUGCCAAACUCGGUGUGAGCACCGAGCAGGAUGACAGUGAUUUUUGCGACUCGGAGAAACGCGCCAGCUCAGAUGAAAGCUUGUGCAAAAACCACAUCAUCGGAGACAAAAUCCACCUGUCGAUCAAAACCUCCAAAGAGGAGCCUGUAGGCAUUACGGACGUGGGUGCCGAGCGCUUUGGAGACAGGAGCCACUUCUCUUUCGUGAGAGCGGGAGCUUUGGGAGAUAACAGAGCCAAGUAUUUCAUCCCCGCUCCCGGCCGUCAGCACCUUGCAACCAAACUAAGACGGAAGGACAUUAAUGAAUAUUCCAGUGGCGCCUCCAGCUCCAUCAGUGAGCUGGAUGACGCCGAUAAAGAGGUGCGUAAUUUAACCGCCAGGUCAUUCCGAAGCUUGGCGUGUCCUUACUUUGAUACGAUUAAUUUAAGCACUUCAAGUGAGUCGUCCAUGUCGGAAUACGAUCUAAACAAGUGGUCUGCUUACGUGGAUUGGAAUUAUGGCCACAUCCCGCGGGGGGCAGAGCGAAGCGUCAUUGCGCACAAGACCUCCAGCGCCACAUUGGAAAUGAAUGAGACGGUUGAAAGUAGAAGAGACACACAGGGUAGUAAGAGACUAACUUUUCAUCAGGAAGCAUCUUUGUGCAAAGGUGCGGAGACAAAAGAUCAGCGAGGGGUCACGUUGAAUGUUCAGUGCAAUUUAGACACACAAGCAGCCACCAGGCGACCCAAAAGUAGCAAGAGCAGGUCCGAGGAGGUGCAUGGAGCCGUGUUGGCCAGGUCAGGCUGUGAAAUGCAGUAUCACCACACAGACGGCACAGGCAACACACAAAAGAGGGCCAUCUUUGCGUCGAGCCUGCUUAAAAAUGUCAUCUCCAAAAAGAUGCAGUUUGAGCAGGAGCGUAAGAUGGAGAGAGGUGAGAUCUCAGACACAUACCCCGCGUUCUCCCCUUGCUUUCUGGACGGGGGGAAGGACAGGAGGGGCUUUCAAAGGCAGAAUUCUGAAUCGGGCUCAGGUUACACAAAUUCUGGAGACGACCAGGCUUUCGAGGGCAGCAGGCCUAGUUCUUGUGAGCCCGCAGAAGAGCAGAGAAGCACCGAUGCGAUAGAGGAUUCAGGCGAAAGGGAGCCUAAAGCGGGGCUCAGUCACAGUCAAAGCAGCGCGUUUAAUUCCUGGAGGGACGAUGAAGCAGUGAAGGAGGCCGAGCUCUCUCCAGCUGCAAAGAAAGCGAAGGAGGAAUCAGACAGGAGCAACAUGCUCACUAAACUUCUUUUCAUGCCGAGCUGUCGGCGUUUCUCCAAAGAGAAGCAAAGCGCAGACUGUGAGACGAUGCUCAAGACAGGAAACACACCUGCUAAAGGAGAAAGCGACAAAAGCGGGAAAACACCUGAGAUCAAAAUAUGUCUGAGAAGUGUGAAGGAAAAUAAAGGAGGGGCCCUGAAUAUUGCCAACCUGUUAACCCCUCAAAUAAGCUCCCUCAACACAUUUCGGGGAGCAGGUGAUGCCAAAUGUCAUAUUUUAUCUGCUUCAGAUAAGAUCCCAAAUUUUACCGUUCGAGACGUCAGAGACACCAAGUGCAAGUUUCAAACGCCAAUCUACCGUGUCCGAGAUGUGCGUAAACUGGUGAAAAGCUCGUAUCGCUUUGUUUCUUUGGAUAAUAGCGACAGUAAAGGUGCACUUGAAUCCGCCGAAAGGGAGCCAGUGAAACAAGUGUCGCCUUCUCCCAUUGUUAUUAAAUGCCACUCAGUGAAAACAAAUAAAUCACCAAAAGAAACAGAAGCUGAUGUGCUGCCACAGUGUGCUACCAGCAAAGUGUCCCCUGUCAUACCAAAGCAACCUAAUCCUGACCAGUCCGAAGCUGAAAAACUAGUAAAACAAAGGCAGGAGAAGUUUGCGAGCGAGGCAGCUGACAAGAGAGUCGAGCCCAGAAUUCCCAAACAAGCUGCAAUAGAAAAACUCAAAGCUGCUGUCAAAACAAUGGAACAGCUUUAUGUUUUUGACCGAAACGAAUGGAAACGCAAAGCUCAGCCUCCGCAGCCAAUCAUGGGCAGCCAUGUGCUGUCACUCAUCGCCCAUGAGGAGCAAGGAGCAGAAGAAGAAACAACAGCAGAGCCUGGAACGCGCGAAGAAGGCCCGGUGAACAUUACACAUGUUCGUCGCAAUGACGAGUCGGCGCAACGCAAAACUUUCAGCAACAAAAGCGUCCUUCACCUCGGCAAAAGCAACAAGGCGCACGUCAGCAUUAGCUCGGUUGCUAGCCCUGUACACCAGAGCUCGUCUUUACAGUCUAUGAAAAGCUCCAAGACACCAGCCGCACCUCUCUCUGUGAAAAUAGAACCUGUGAGACAAGAGCAGGUGGAACGGAGAAAGGUCCAAAUCAGUCCCACUAAUCCCAGCGUCACACAAAGUGACUCUGAGAACUAUUUAACCAUACCGGGCCUGGCGCACACCAAUGAGAUCAAAGUGGCCAACAAGGAGACAGCUUACACGGAGAUAAAGCCAAGCAUCAGCCAACAGGUUGCCGUCAAGACACCUGAGCAGAAAAGAUUAUUAAUGGCUGAGUGCCCAGCUUCAUCUGUCUACCACCAUCCUGUAGCCGGCCCGCAAACACAGCAAGUGUUGCGUUUCUCACCACCUUUUGCCACUCUGUCACCUCCGCCUUCUACUGGAGAGGCAGGCCUUCAAACACAGCGCAAAAUGCUCCUCGACCCAACCACAGGACAUUAUUAUCUAGUAGACACGCCCGUCCAGACCACCACAAAGCGGCUGUUUGACCCAGAGACCGGUCAGUACGUGGAUGUGCCGCAUUCGCCCGUGGCGCCGAUCGCACCCGUUACCCCCGUGCCCCUCACAUUGCCACCCCUGGCCCUGAGCCCGGGGGCAUUCGCACCCACCUACAUGAUUUACCCGGGAUUCAUCCCGUCGCCCACUCUGCAAGGUCAGGCCUUGCUGCCGCCGUCUCCCAGUCACUCUGAAGACAGAAGAGAAAAGCUGAAAAACACCACAACCGCAAAGCAGGACGUGAACGCUCUGUCGGCAGAGAGCCCCUACUACAGCGCCACGGCCGAGGCCCCGCUGGGACACAUGAAGCCACCUUCGGUCGUAGGAAGCUCAGACAGGAAGCCGAUUAUCAGCAUCACAACGCAACAAGGUCCAAGAAUUAUCGCCCCCCCUUCCUUCGACGGAACAACAAUGAGCUUUGUGGUGGAGCACAGAUGACCAAAAAGACACCUCAUUGCACAUACGUCUCUGUA